AUAGAAUAGAACUCUAAAAAUAGAACUGGGGCCCAUCGUGACCAAUAAAACUGCGCCAAGUGGAACUAUCAACUCCGAAGAAUGUUGACCGUUGAAAAUCUGCCCACGGCUAUUCCACUUUCCCCUUUCUUCUUCUUCCUCCUCCUUUUUGGAGAAAUGGCCAUUUAAAAUCCGCCAAGUUCUCUGUAAUUUAUCUUCCGAAGACGCAAUCUCAGAAUCUUUUACCACUGGAAUUAUGCAGAAGAGUUCAUCGGAGUCUUUGUUAGGUCCCGGCGGCCUCGACAUUUCCCAAGCCUUCUUCAAGCCAAUCCGUGACGCCGCUCCGCCGUCGGCUCUGAAGCGCCACACCAAAAUCUCCGUCAUCGGAGCCGGAAAUGUCGGCAUGGCCAUUGCUCAGACCAUCCUCACUCAAGAUCUCGUCGAAGAACUCGUUCUCGUCGACGCCAAGCCCGAUAAGCUUCGCGGCGAGAUGCUCGACCUCCAGCACGCCGCUGCCUUCCUCCCCCGAACCAAAAUCAACGCCUCCACCGAUUACUCCGUCACCGCCGGGUCCGAUCUCUGCAUCGUCACGGCCGGCGCGCGCCAGAUCGCCGGCGAGUCUAGGUUGAAUCUGCUGCAAAGGAACGUUGCUCUGUUUCAGAAAAUCGUCCYUCCGCUCGUUCAAUACUCUCCCGACACGAUUCUGCUGAUCGUCUCGAAUCCGGUCGAUGUUUUGACCUACGUCGCGUGGAAGCUCUCAGGUUUCCCGUCGAAUCGAGUAAUCGGAUCGGGAACGAAUCUGGACUCGUCUAGGUUUCGGUUUCUCAUCGCUGAUCAUCUCGACGUCAACGCUCAGGAUGUCCAGGCAUACAUAGUUGGAGAGCACGGUGACAGCUCGGUGGCGCUGUGGUCGAGCAUAAGCGUCGGCGGUGUGCCGAUACUCAGCUUUCUAAAAAAUCAGCAAAUCGCAUAUGAGAAGGAAACACUAGAGAACAUUCACAAAGAAGUGAUAGGUGGUGCUUACGAAGUGAUAAGCCUCAAGGGAUACACAUCUUGGGCGAUCGGGUACUCGGUGGCGAGCCUGGCACGAUCGUUGAUUCGGGACCAGAGGAGGAUCCACCCGGUCUCCGUCCUGGCCAAAGGGUUCUAUGGGAUGUGCCGACGGCUGAGGGAGUCGGCCAACACCAUAUUGGAGGUUCAGAGCCAGUUGGGAAUCUGAAAACAACACUCCAUCUCCAUGGACCAUGGAUGUGUUUUCUUUGGAAGUUUAUUUGAUGGGCGAUCUGAUCUGUGUUUGUUUUGAGUUUUGAAGUUAGCUUUGAGGGAGAGCUGAGAGAUUUGGAAGUAGUUGUUAAGGAAAUCUUUUAUGUUAGUUUCUUUACAAUACAUCCCAUGCACACUUUUGUUAGAAAAGAGAAUAGUUGCUAAAGUAAUUAAUGAAGAAGAACCGAUAGUUUAUUCAA